AGACUCAAAGUCCCACAAUGCAUCGGAGUUGAGUGGGUAAAGCGCGCGUGCGCAAUGAGCACUCCCUCUUUCGCCCUGCUUCUCUACUGAAACGAUGGCCAAGCGCACCAAGAAGGUGGGGAUUGUUGGUAAAUAUGGCACACGUUAUGGUGCAUCGCUGAGGAAGAUGGUCAAAAAAAUUGAAAUCUCCCAGCAUUCAAAAUACACCUGUUCCUUCUGUGGCAAGACCAAGAUGAAGAGAAGGGCUGUUGGUAUCUGGCACUGUGGGUCCUGCAGGAAAACAGUUGCUGGAGGUGCCUGGACCUACAAUACCACAUCUGCUGUCACAGUCAAGUCAGCAAUCAGGAGAUUAAAGGAGUUAAAAGACCAGUAAACCUGUGAGAUCAUCACUGGUGGAAAUUGGACUUGGUUUUCUAUGAGUUAGCAGAGUUGGACUUAAACAGCUUAUGUGAGGAGGGAAAAUACCAAUAAACCAGUCUGAAGCGGU